GAGCGCCGUCCGGCCCCCGCCCCGCCGCCUCCCCGCGCCGCCACCGGCAGAAUGGACUGCUGAAUUGGGAAUUAUUGCAGACUCAACAGUACAGCACGGCUCGUUGUUUCGUCUAUUGCUAGUUAUUUAAAUUGGACUUUUAAUAUCCUGCCAGCUGCUGUUCACACACACAUGGUGCAUUGUUGGCAUUCUCAGAAUUGCAUCUUUGAAAUCCAGACCCUCAGUAACCUUCAUCGAACAAAGAGGCGACCUCCUGCAUACGUUCAUAGAGGGAUUUUUUGAACCUGCUGCCCUCUAGCUUUCUUGCUGGUGCUGUAUUUGUGAGACACUAUGGAGCCCACUAUGGAGUACUGCUUAGCGCAGGUGCUGCAGAAAGACGUUGGAAAGAGACUUCAGGUUGGCCAGGAAUUGAUAGAUUACUUCUCAGAUAAACAGAAGUCAGCUGAUCUUGAACAUGAUCAGACUAUGCUGGAUAAAAUGGUUGAUGGACUGGCCACUUCUUGGGUCAAUUCCAGCAAUUAUAAGGUGGUUCUCCUGGGGAUUGACAUAAUUUCUGCAUUAGUAUCCCGCUUGCAAGAUCGCUUCAAGGCCCAAAUUGGAACAGUGCUGCCAAGUUUACUUGAUAGGCUGGGAGACUCUAAAGACUCAGUGAGGGAGCAGGAUCAGACCUUGCUGCUGAAAAUCAUGGAACAAGCUGCUAACCCUCAGUAUGUGUGGGACAGGAUGCUAGGAGGAUUCAAACACAAGAAUUUCCGGACAAGAGAAGGGAUUUGUCUCUGCCUUAUUGCAACACUCAAUGCAUCUGGAGCUCAGAGUUUAACACUGAGUAAGAUAGUGCCACAUAUAUGUAACUUACUUGGAGAUCCAAACAGCCAGGUUCGAGAUGCAGCAAUAAACAGCCUUGUGGAAAUUUACAGACAUGUUGGUGAACGUGUAAGGGCUGAUCUCAGUAAAAAAGGAUUACCCCAGUCUCGGUUGAAUGUAAUUUUUACAAAAUUCGAUGAGGUCCAAAAAUCUGGAAAUAUGAUCCAGAGUUCAAGUGAUAAAAUUUUUGAUGAUGAAGACUCCGUGGAUGGGAACAGACCCUCCUCAGCUAGCUCCUCUACGUCUUCAAAGGCCCCUGCAAACUCACGUAGAGUUGGGAUGGGGACUACCCGCAGACUUGGGUCUGUAGCUCUGGGCUCCAAGUCCUCAACAGCCAAAGAGGGAGCAGGUGCUGUGGAUGAAGAAGACUUUAUUAAGGCAUUUGAAGAUGUCCCAACGGUUCAGAUCUAUUCCAGCCGGGAUCUUGAGGAAUCCAUAAACAAAAUAAGAGAGAUACUAUCAGAUGAUAAGCAUGACUGGGAACAGAGAGUUUCUGCAUUGAAAAAGAUCCGCUCCUUACUUUUGGCUGGAGCUGCAGAGUAUGAUAACUUCUUCCAGCACUUAAGACUUUUGGAUGGAGCAUUUAAAUUAUCUGCUAAAGACCUGCGGUCUCAAGUAGUACGAGAAGCUUGUAUCACGUUGGGACAUUUAUCAUCAGUUCUGGGAAACAAGUUUGACCAUGGGGCAGAAGCCAUCAUGCCAACAAUUUUUAAUCUAAUUCCGAAUAGUGCCAAAGUCAUGGCCACUUCUGGUGUUGUAGCAGUUAGAUUAAUCAUUCGACAUACACACAUCCCUCGAUUAAUACCCAUCAUAACCAGUAAUUGUACCUCUAAGUCUGUUGCAGUUAGAAGGCGCUGUUUUGAAUUUUUAGAUUUGUUGUUGCAGGAGUGGCAGACACAUUCCCUAGAAAGACACAUAUCAGUGUUAGCUGAAACAAUAAAGAAGGGAAUUCAUGAUGCAGACUCUGAAGCCAGGAUAGAGGCAAGAAAGUGUUAUUGGGGUUUCCACAGUCACUUCAGCCGAGAGGCAGAGCAUUUGUACCACACCUUGGAGUCUUCCUACCAGAAAGCUCUGCAGUCACAUUUGAAGAACUCUGACAGCAUCGUGUCCUUGCCACAGUCAGAUCGCUCUUCCUCCAGCUCCCAGGAGAGUCUCAACCGUCCUUUGUCUGCCAAAAGAAGUCCUACUGGAAGUACUACGUCUAAAGCAUCUACAGUAAGUACAAAAUCUGUGUCAACACCAGGAUCUCUGCAGCGAUCCCGCAGUGACGUCGAUGUGAAUGCAGCAGCUAGUGCCAAGUCAAAAGUGACGUCUUCUGGAUCAUCCACUCCCUUCAGUUCUGCUGCAGCCUUGCCCCCAGGCUCAUACGCAUCACUAGGUCGGAUUCGUACAAGGAGACAGAGCUCUGGCAGUGCCACAAGCGUCACCUCAAUGCCUGCUGAUACCCGAGGCCGCAGCCGGGCUAAAGUAGUUUCCCAGUCCCAGCCUGGUAGCCGGUCCAGUUCCCCGGGUAAGCUCUUAGGAAGCCCCUAUGGUGGCCUGAGUGGUGGAACAUCCAGAGUCCAGCCGGCACCAUCAUCUUCAGAGAAGCGCAGCAAGAUCCCUCGGAGCCAGGGAUGCAGUCGAGAGACGAGUCCCAGCAGAAUAGGACUAGCACGGAGCAGUCGUAUCCCCCGACCCAGCAUGAGUCAGGGGUGCAGUCGUGAUACCAGCCGUGAGAGCAGUCGAGAUACAAGCCCUGCUCGGGGCUUUCCUCCACUUGACCGGUUUGGACUCGGACAGCCAGGCAGGAUGCCUGCUUCUGUGAAUGCCAUGCGAGUCCUGAGCACAAGCACAGAUCUGGAGGCUGCUGUGGCCGAUGCACUGCUGUUAGGAGACUCCAGGAGCAAGAAAAAGCAAGUGAGAAGAAGAUAUGAACCCUAUGGGAUGUACUCUGAUGAUGAUGCUAACAGUGAUGCAUCAAGCGCUUGCUCAGAGCGCUCCUAUGGUUCCAGGAAUGGGGGCAUUCCACACUACCUGCGGCAGACUGAAGAUGUGGCUGAGGUUCUGAACCACUGUGCCAGCUCCAACUGGUCUGAAAGGAAAGAGGGGCUCAUAGGUCUUCAGAACUUACUGAAAAGUCAGCGGACACUGAGCCGAGUCGAGUUGAAAAGGCUAUGUGAAAUAUUUACUCGCAUGUUUGCUGACCCUCACAGCAAGAGAGUCUUUAGCAUGUUUCUGGAAACCCUGGUUGAUUUCAUCAUCAUUCAUAAAGAUGACUUGCAGGAUUGGCUUUUUGUUCUCCUGACACAGUUGCUAAAGAAGAUGGGAGCAGAUUUGCUGGGGUCUGUGCAGGCGAAAGUUCAAAAGGCUCUGGAUGUCACCAGGGAUUCUUUUCCAUUUGAUCAACAAUUUAACAUUUUGAUGAGAUUUAUUGUAGAUCAGACCCAAACACCAAACCUGAAGGUGAAAGUUGCUAUCCUGAAGUAUAUUGAGUCCUUGGCAAGACAGAUGGAUCCAACAGACUUUGUGAACUCUAGUGAGACAAGACUUGCUGUAUCUAGAAUUAUAACUUGGACAACAGAACCAAAGAGCUCAGAUGUGAGAAAGGCAGCACAAAUAGUCCUGAUUUCUCUAUUUGAAUUGAACACUCCUGAGUUUACCAUGUUACUUGGUGCCUUGCCAAAAACAUUCCAGGAUGGUGCUACCAAGCUCCUGCACAACCACCUCAAGAACUCGAGUAACACCAGUGUGGGUUCACCCAGCAAUACCCUUGGUCGGACCCCUUCCCGGCACUCCAGCAGCAGAACCAGCCCCUUAACUUCACCUACCAACUGUUCCCAUGGUGGGCUGUCUCCAAGUAUGCUGGAUUAUGACACGGAGAACCUAAAUUCUGAUGAAAUCUACAGCUCUCUUCGUGGAGUCACAGAAGCAAUUGAAAAAUUUAGUUUCCGUAGUCAAGAGGACCUGAAUGAGCCAAUCAAACGUGAUGGAAAGAAAGACUGUGACAUUGUGUCUCGAGAUGGUGGCCUUGCUGUGCCUACCAGUGAUGUCCGUGGAAGCAGUGACAUUGUGGAAGGUGGAAGGAUGGCUCUAGAUAACAAAACUUCCCUGCUUAACACCCAGCCUCCCCGCGCCUUUUCAGGGCCACGUGCUCGAGAAUAUAACCCCUAUCCUUAUGCUGACACAAUUAACACUUAUGAUAAGACUGCCCUGAAGGAAGCAGUAUUCGAUGAUGACAUGGAUCAGCUUCGGGAUGUGCCCAUUGACCAUUCAGAUUUGGUGGCUGAUCUUCUGAAAGAGCUCUCCAACCACAACGAACGAGUGGAGGAGCGGAAAGGAGCUCUCCUGGAGCUGCUAAAGAUCACAAGGGAAGAUAAUCUUGGAGUUUGGGAGGAACAUUUCAAAACCAUUCUGCUCUUACUGCUGGAAACUCUGGGAGACAAAGAUCAUUCAAUAAGAGCCCUGGCACUGCGAGUCCUGAGAGAGAUCUUAAGGAACCAACCAGCAAGGUUUAAGAACUAUGCGGAGUUGACUAUCAUGAAAACACUGGAAGCACAUAAAGAUUCCCACAAGGAGGUCGUCAGAGCUGCUGAAGAAGCUGCUUCCACACUGGCAAGUUCCAUCCACCCUGAGCAAUGCAUCAAGGUGCUUUGCCCCAUCAUUCAGACUGCAGAUUAUCCAAUUAAUUUAGCUGCCAUCAAAAUGCAGACAAAAGUAAUUGAGAGGAUUUCAAAGGAAUCGUUGCAUCAGCUCCUUCCUGAUAUCAUUCCUGGAUUAUUACAGGGUUAUGAUAAUACAGAGAGCAGUGUCCGUAAAGCUAGUGUAUUUUGCCUAGUGGCAAUUUAUUCAGUAAUUGGAGAAGAACUGAAACCUCAUCUCGCACAACUCACAGGAAGCAAGAUGAAGCUACUAAACUUGUACAUAAAGAGGGCCCAGACCACCAACAGCAACAGCAGCUCCUCUUCAGAUGUUUCAACGCACAGUUAAUGGAGAUAUGUGGACAUAUGUGUAGACUUAGAAGCAAUCAAUGGUGCCUCUCAGAGACCUUUCUGCUACUCUUCACUGGCGUGCUCCAUCAGCUCAAGGAGGCCAUGCAGAUAUUUAUUGCAAUCAGUAUUUUAGUUCCUUAAAAGCAUUUAUGUAGAAUCUUACUGGUAUUGAAUGUAAAGGAAGCAAGGUCUGUGUUGCAGUCUUCAUUAAAAGUGAACAACAGAAAGCCAUACUUAAACAUAUUUGUAUAGCCUGCUGAAAUCUCAGAAAUAUGUUUAGGUUAGCAUUCCAAAACUGAGUUCAGAAACCUGGAUAUGUGUAAAAGUCAAACAAAUCUUAUUGGUUUAGUUCAUACCCAGUUUUGGUUUCUAUGUGCUAGUUACCUGCUCUCUUCCCAUCAGCUGCUCUGGCUAGGUUCUCUUACAAGUCUUGUGGUCCUGUUUUGUACUCCCUGCUGCAUCUGGCCUAAUGUGCAGAGCUGUCUGCAGGGAGAUCUUUGCAGAUGUGGUUGUGAUUCCAGCCUUGGAUGCUUUAAUACUGGGAGAUAUCAAGUGAGUAAUGAAAAAGUAGGUUCUUUUUAAACAUCUGAGAUUUUGUACAUAGUUGUUCUGACUGACCUUCGAUAGGCUAAUUUCUCUGUAACUGCUCUCCAGCCAGCUGUGCUGUGCAGAACAGCUGGGCUUUUGCUCUUUUCACUGACUGUGUAAAUAUUUCUCCCCUCCUAACCCAUUUGGCUCUUUCAUACACUCAAAAGACUCUCCAGGUUACUUGUUACUCCACAAAGGGAACCUGAGACCCAGUUCUGGGACUGAUGGCCUGCAAACGGGACACUGGAGUUGGGUGGAUGCAUAUUGGAUUAGGUUCUGAGUAUGCCCGUGGGUGGGCAGUGGGGGCUCGCAGGGCUGUAUCUCAGUGCUGCCUUGUGAGGCUAGCUGCAUUUUUGAAGUAUAUAGUGUCAAAGGGCUGAUCUGCUGCUCUGACCUGACCCACUGGCAGUGGGUGGUGAACGGCUUUGUCCCCACAACUCCGUUAUGCUUUGGGCAAAAUGUUCACCCCAGAGGACAGAAAGGGCUUCUGAAACGGAACAAAAAGACCCUGUGGAAGCACCUGCUGAGCCAGCUGGGACAAUGCUGGUUGCCUGCCACAUCUCUCCUCCUGUGCCUGAAGAGCCUGCAGUGCUGUUAGCUGCCUUUAGAAACCUCUUUCUUCCUGGCCAGCACCACGCACAGCUCUGCUGGGUGCUCUGCAUUUUGGAGGGGUGUGGAGAGCCCUUGCUGGGCACUACUGUCAACAGGGUGCUCUGGAUAAGGGUACCAGAAAGCAAAUGCUUUUGCAGCCUAAUGACACAGACCAGGUCAGUGCCAAACCAGCAGCAGCCAAAUACCCCACAGCACCAGCUUUCCCAAAGGGAGAUUCUCUGUUUGGAAAUGGUGAGCACCCCUGCCUCUGCCUGUAACCAGGGGAAGCAGGAGGAUGCUCGUGCUUUGUUUGGCCCUGAGCUGGAUCCUGGCUGAUGGGCAUGCCCACCCCAAACAUACAGUGGACGGGAGCUGGCUUUUUGCCUGCAGUGCCAGCAAUGCAAGAGGAUGGUGGACCUUCAGCUUAUGGCUGCAGCUGUGCUGAUGGAUGUAUGCUCCCUGGCUAUUCUCAGUGCCUUGGUCUCUCUCCAGCCCCUCCAUUUCCCCUUUGGGAGGCUGAAGGGACACCUUGGUAGUGUACUGAGAAUGUGAAAGUCUACUGCAGAAGGGAGUGCAGUGAGGAUGGUAAAGCCACAUUGUUCUCCCUUCCCAUCAGUUCAUCCCUGUGUGUCUAACCCCUGGCCUCAAGGACCUGGAAGCUGAUGCUUGGUGCCACCUCCCUUCCCAGUCCUCAGCUCAGGAAGGACUGGGGACUGGUGGGAACUGUGUGAGAUUGGGCUGCAAAGCUUGUUGGUCCUUUUCCCUACUGAUGUGAGAACAGAGGAGGUGACCUGCUCCCAGGUAUGUUAGGGUGUGUCCAGGCUUUUGCUGGCUGCAGGGUUGGUUCCUUCAAUUUUCCCCAUGAGUAACGCCAUAGCAGGAGAAAUGGUGAGAUCUUGGUGGGUGGGAUUCUCCCAGGGUCUUUCCCACAGGCUCAGAAAAGCCAUCCUCACCAGAGGGAGGAUUGGCUGCUCCAUGGUUGGUGUCUCCCUUUCCGUGGACCAUUUCUUUUCAACAUCUUUCAGUAUGCUUGUUAGUAUAUUCUUCUUUUUCUUUUUAAAUUUUGAACGAUUCAGAUUAUUUUAGUUCAACACAAAUUUAUUUUCCCUUUUGAGGAAAUACUCAGCUGACUUGUUGGCAGCAGUUAGCUGUCUUGUGUGAAUUUUUAGUGGUGGGUUUGGGGUUAUUUUUUGUUGUUUGGUUUGGUUUUGAUUUUUUUUUUUAAGUUGGACUUUGACUUCUUAGUAUUUAUGCCUCUCCUUCUCCCCAUCUCAGUUCAGCAUCUUCUGUUCCAGAUCUGUGGUUCAGAAAGUCAGCACAGCUGACCAGAUGGAGAUUAGUCCCUCCCAGCUGUAAUGGAGCUUGGUCCAUCACCGUUUGCCGUUUCUUUAUUAUUGUUUUUAAUGGCACACUGUAGUAAAUCUCCAGGAAUUUAAUUCCUUCUCAAAUGUUUUUUAUAUAUUUUAUCAAAUCCUGUUAGUAUGCACUGAGAGUGAACGCACUGUAUCGUCCCUGAGCUGACGCUGGUGCCUGUGCUGACACUGCGGUAGGAGUUAACAGCUCGUCCUUGGCAAAGAUACAUGUAACUGGCUGCUGCUCCAGUGACCUGUGUUUUCCAAUACUAUUGGCACACGUGGGACUGCAAAUGGUAGAACCAGGCCUUACUUUCUAAAUCAGAUUUGGUUCUGUUUGUCAACAGAUGCUCUUUAAUGUGCUACUUAAUUUUGUUACGUGAGUCAGUCAAGGAUUGUUCAUCCUUUGAGUACUCUAGAAGUAUGUUAUACCUGUAUACAGUAGAGAGCAUUCUGCUUAGGUAUUUAUAAGUCAUUGCGUAUAAUGUACAUAGUAAGGUUGUUUAGUAUGUUGAACAUGACCCAAUUAAUUUUUUUGUGUUUCCUUUGAAGUACUCAAAGGGCUAGCUCUGAAUGUCACCUCUCUGAUCUCCAGUGUUCUGACUUCAACAAGCUGUACAAUCAUUCUGUUUUCUCUUCAGCAAGCAUAAAGGUCUCUCUGGCUACAAAUCACAGUGUCCAUAUACGCUUGCAGAGAAAGAUCUGCAUGCUGGCAGUGCCUCACCGCACCGGUGAAGCUUGUGUUCAUGUUCUCCCGGCAGUAGGCACCUACUGCAGCUGACUUCUUUUCCUUGCUGCCCAUUAUGGAGGGCUUCAAUUUUUCGUAUCUUAAAAAAAAAAAAAAAGAAAAAAAAUAGUGUAUUUUCUUUGCCCACCAUGCUCUAGAAGUCUGAAUGGGAGAAAACUCUCAGCAGACAGUGGCUCCUGGCUGCAAGGUUGCCGAAAUCUCAGAUAUGGAUGUUUUUUCUGCCAUUGGCUGCACCAGUGCUCCGUGGGCAUGGGCAAAUACCAGAUCCAUCCGCCCCACAGGUCUACGUACUGUAGUUCUCAUGUAGUGCAGAAAUAUCGAGGCAUGUGGCUUUCUUAAGGUACACUAUGUGUGCUUGCCUGGAUUACAAUACAAUACGAGACUGUCUUUUUUUAUUGCUUAUUACUAGCUUACCAAUAACCUGUAUAAGUAAUGUAACUUGCAUCUUUGUCAUCAAAACCUUUUCUCCCCACCCCUUUAUUUAUCAAACAUAAUAUUACAUAUUAAGGGACAGAAAAAAUAGACCUUUGUAGAAUACAGCAGGACAUUGCUAACAAUGUUUUAAAUGGGAAGUAAAAACCGCUCUGAAAAAUGCCAGCCAUGAGAAAUGACUUUGUUGGCACCGUGUUCAUGCGCAUGUAUUUUUUUCUAUUUUUUCCGCUUUUGUCAUGUUACAUCCAUAUCUGUAUUUAUAUCUUAUUUGUUUCACUUUUGAGUGUAUCAUGGCAAUUGUACAGAUGGUUUUUGUUAACAUUUACGUGAUAGAAUUUGCUAAGAAAAAAAAAAUAAAACCUUUUGAGUUUGCCCUAGAA